CCUCAUCCUUACUAUUGUCAUUUUCCUCUAGAUCUAGAUCUAGAUCAAAGAUUCUAGAUAUACUUCUUUUGAUCAUGUCGGGCGACACAGGAUUGGACAAGAUCGGAAUCGCAACGGGGAAACAUCUCAACAUCGCUCUCACAACUUCAUCAGAGCCACUGAACGCAAUUCAAGAAUUUCAAAAUGUAAAUGGCAUUGAUGCAGAGUCGCUGAAGAUUGCUCUCCCUUUCCUGGAUCUUCAUGGAGUGAAAAGACUCACUCUGCACAACUCCAUAUUUGAGGCAAUCCGUGAUCGUCUUCUAAAGAGAGUGUCGGAGCUGGCGGCCAGCACUGACCCAGAGUCCGUGCAGAAACUGGAGGCCCUGCUAGACAGCAGCUUCCCCGCCAUCGCCAACAGAGACAUGAGGCCCGUGGUGAUGGCUGUGAUGAAACAUCUGCCGCAAGUCAAGGACGACUAUCUCAAGCAGCUGCUGGAGGACAAGGAACUGUACAGAGAGGCCUCGACGGAGGUAAAGCGCCAAAUCUGGGAACACAACCAAGCACUGUUCGGAGACGAAGUUCAGCCGCUGCUGGCCCAGUACCUCAAGGAGAAGGAGUGGUCUCUCUACAACCACGACAGUCCCAAGCUGUCGUUUUUCUCCCCCUCACCCAAACAGCGCAGACAGAAGGAAACGCUGAGUCAGCUCAUUGAGAUGAUCGGGUCCAACGUGAAGCUCUACGACAUGGUGCUGCAGUUUCUGCGGACCUUGUUUCUGAGAACUCGCAACACGCACUACUGCACGUUGAGGGUGGAACUCCUCAUGGCUAUCCACGACCUUGAGCUGAACUCGAUCUGUUCGAAAGACCCAUGCCACAAGUUCACCUGGUGUGUCGAUGCUUGCAUCAGGGAGAAGGCUGUGAACACGUGGAGGUCGCGAGAGCUGCAAGGCUUCCUGGAUUCUGUCAAGAAAGGUCAAGAGUUCGUGUUAGGAGAUCUGUCCAUGGUUCUGUCUGACCCCUAUGCCCUCAACACCAUCCUACAGUCGCUGAUGAAGAUUCUCCAGAACUGUGUCAACACCGACACACUGCCCAGGGACAACCCAGACCUACAGCUGUUGUGCAGAAUGACGGCCCUGGGCCUCGGGGCCUGGGAGAUGAUCGACAGUGGCAACUUCAAAGAGCCGAAGCUGGAAGCGUCUUUCUUCACCAAGUUCCUGUCCUACAUGGUGACGCUGAUGGCCGAGGACCAGAUCCGUUUCUUCACGUCCAAACUCCCCGGGGAGCUGGUGGUUCCCCCGUGUCUCCCCCCGGACAUGUACGCCACCUGGAUCAGCCAACACCCCCUGGCCAGCAUGGUGGCUAUGUACUACACGCUGCAGUGCGCUCGGCUGAGGGACAGCUUGGCGGUGACCCAGAUCCUGCCGACGCUGAUCCACUGCGAGAACGACCGAGCGUACAGCGACACCUUCCUGCACUGCCUCACCUCCUACCUCAUCUACAUGAAGGACGAGUUCCAGAACGAGUCUUUCUGCCGCGCCGUGCUCGACGAUUUCUUCAUGCCUGCAGUGUCGCGGGAGCACGUGUUGCGACAUCUGCUGCGCCUGCUCAUGUACGUCCACCACAGGAUGCCGCGGGCCCGGCUGGACGGCAUCAUGGAGGAGGUCACCGCGGACAAAGACUCAUGAGUGUUCCUGCACCUACCCCCGCCCCUCACCGCUAGGGGCGGCAACGUGUGUGUGUGUGCGUGUGCGUGUGUGUGUAUGUGUGCGUGCGUGCGUGUGUGUGUCUGUCUGUGUGCGUCAUGAGUGUUCCCGCUCCUACCCCGGUCCCUCACCGCUAGGGGCAACCUCUGUGUGUGUGUGUUUGUGUGUGCGCGCGCGUGCAUACGUCAUGAGUGUUCCCACACCUACCCCCAUUCCUCAUCGCAAGGGGCAACCUGUGUGUGUGUGUGUGUGUGUGUGUGUGUGUGUGUGUGUGUGUUUCUCCUUAUACACUCAUGUAUAUAUUCAUGUAUAUAUAUAUAUUGAAUAACUUUUGCUCAUGACUACACAUGCUUGUUAUUUGUUGAAUGUUUCACCAUCCAUGUUUCCAUCCAGCACUGUAAGAUAAGUAAGCCUAAUAUACAGUGGAAACCAUAGAACAGGCCCGGUAAUAACAGGGAUCCGGUAAUAACAGGGAUUUUUAAAACAUUUUUUCCUACUCUUUGCCUCUAUUAGAAGUUACCGGCAAUAACUGGGCAUCAUGAGAGCCCAAUCGGUUACAGCAGGGACAACGGCUCGUUAACAAUGUGUAAAAAGUAAGAGACAGAGAGAGAGAGAGAGAGAGAGAGAGAGAGAGAGAGAGUAAUGCUGUGAUGGAGCAAGCCACACCACUGCAAGCACACGCAGCGUGUGAAGCGAGAGGGGGGGCUGCGGUGUGCUGUAGACUUCGAUCUAUCCCUAAGCCGAGCUGCACGCACGUAUCGUAGCGUCUCAUUCACAGGCCUGCUACAUGGCCACGAGAGAGGGCUGCGGUGUGCAAGGGAAACUACCCAUGAGUAAAUACAGCUGGAUUAGUCCACGAAUGCUUACUUCCCUUGCAUUUCUGAUUUAACAGGGAUCUGAUAUAACAAGUUAACAAGACUUUUUCUAUGGUCUCACCAUCCCUCAGCCCUGUUAUGUCAGGUUUCCACUGUAGAGUCAUUACUAUUUCAUGGAUUCCAGUGAUCUGAAUGAGGUUAAGAAUGUGCUAUUGUGUCUUCUUUGUGUCAUGUGUCAUGCAAUAAACUCAUAAAUGACCAUCAUUCAUAAAAUAAACUUUGUUGUUCC